CCGGAAUGGGAACUCAUUAGCGGCGGUGAUGCAGAGGAGAGAUAAAUUUAGCAGCGUCAGGUAUCUGACGGAGUGAUUGCCGGAGUCGGUUAAUCAGGCAAGAUGAGGUGCGUGACACUUUAAAGAUCACCUCAGUGAGUUUCUCAUCUCUUUCACUUUUUGGAUGUGCUGUUUCAAAGUCAUCAGCGGGGUCAAGUGCUGUAUAAGACACGGCAAAUGAUGCCCAUGCGAGACAGGUUGCCACAUACAUACAGCCUGCUCGGGAAUCUUCGCUUUUCUUUCUUCUGUUCCAUAUUCAUUUGGGGGAAAACCUCUCGAUCAUAGAUGUCCACAAGUCCCAAAGCGAGCCCCGAUCUCGAGACGCUCACAAAUCUUUUCUCAACCGAAGAUGAAGAGGAGAUCGACGUGGAGAGUCUGGAUGGCAUUCUGCCCAGCGGUGAGGGCGAAGGUGAGGGCGAUGGUUCAGCCUCAGAGGACAGUGUCAAGCCCGAACCCGAGCAGCGUAGACUGGGCCGCAGCCCAAAGUGUGCUCGCUGUCGGAACCACGGAGUGGUGUCCUGUCUCAAAGGACACAAGAGGUUCUGCCGCUGGCGGGACUGUCAGUGUGCCAACUGCUUGCUGGUGGUAGAGAGGCAGCGUGUGAUGGCUGCUCAGGUGGCCCUCAGGAGACAACAGGCAACAGAGGUGAAGAAAGAUGUGAGUGGGUCCACCGCCCAAAGGAGAGCCCAGUGUCCACGAUAUCCACGCUCCCCCAGCCUGCUAGCAAAGAGGAUCCUGGAAGGGUAUAAGCCUCCCCUUAGAGAGGACCCCUAUUGGACUACUCCAUUUCCUGCACUCAGUGAAAGGAUGAGGAAGAGACGAGCAUUUGCAGACAAAGAGCUCAAUGAUGUCAUGUUGGAAAGAGAAUUCAGACAGAAGGAAAUGGCGACUCUGAAAGUGCUCAGUCCCAUCUUUUCCAGGGUGGACACUCCUCCCUACAGUCAUCCAGAAGAGCAAGCCCGGUUUCAUCAAGCAGUUUGUUUCCCUUUACCAAAAUCAAACAUGGAAGGCGGUCUCUGCUGGUAUCACUUUGGGGAAGUGACACCAACGAAUUCGGUCGAAUGUGGCUAUGAACAAAUGCAGUGGAGACCAAUGGAGGCGCUGCAGAUCAGACUGUGGGAAGAACUUGAGGGCUGUGGGGAAAAAGUUCGAUGCCCUGAACUGCAGCUUACUGGCCAUGAAGAUGCCUGCAACCCACUUCUUUACGCAACACGGGACCUUUCAUGUGCACCGUCAGCCACUAAUGCCAAAGACACCCACCUGAACUCGUCUGUGACAUUGGGCUGCCUCUGUCCUCCUGAAAGUGGCACCAUGUGUCUGAACAUGGAAACAAAGAGCAGAGACCCAUCCAGGCCUGACAGUGCAGGCAUCAGAAGCUUGCCCUUUUCUGUUGAAUCUUUGCUGAGAAGUUAAGGAGGGACACACACGUACUACAAAGAUAAGCAGCUUAGUCUUUAUUUUAUAUAGUGCCUUUCUAAAAUAAUCAACAUCAAAGAGAGCCUUACAAAGUAAACAGGAAGACAACACAAAGGAAUAUAAAGACAGAAUAAAAAAUUCAAUAUUUCUGUUAUUUUAUACUGUAUAGCACCUUUCACCAUGUAGUGGUUCUUGGCAAUGUAUUAAUCAAUAAUUAACAAAAAAACAGGUUUCUCAGAAGAACAAUAUUUAAAGAACAAAAAUUUAAUAUAUUCUUGCACCUAAUUAAAAAAAUCAAUAAAUAAAACAGACCACUUAAUUACACAUUUGCUACAAAAUUGAAAACCAAGAAAAUAUAUCAUAAAUCUAAACAUCUGUAUUAAAGAAUAUAUAGUAUACAAGGAGGGCGGCACGGUGGCGCAGUGGUUAGCGCUGCUGCCUUGCAGUUAGGGGACCCGGGUUCACUUCCCAGGUCCUCCCUGCGUGGAGUUUGCAUGUUCUCCCCAUGUCUGCAUGGUUUUCCUCCGGGCGCUCCGGUUUCCUCCCACAGUCCAAAGACAUGCAUGUUAGGUGGAUUGGCGAUUCUAAAUUGGCCCUAGUGUGUGCUUGGUGUGUUUGUGUGUGUCCUGCGGUGGGUUGGCACCCUGCCCGGGAUUGGUUCCUGCCUUGUGCCCUGUGUUGGCUGGGAUUGGCUCCAGCAGACCCCCGUGACCCUGUGUUCGGAUUCAGCGGGUUGGAAAAUGGAUGGAUGGAUAAUAUACAAGGAAGUCACACAAUUAAGCAUGCAAACCAAAUAUGUUAAACAUACAAUAUAUAUUACACAUUUGAAAGAAAAAGAUUUAACUUAAAUAUAUAUUGCAAGUCAUAGACCUUUUAACAAUACAUCAUGAAAAGUCAAUACAGCAAUCAUCAAGUGGACGUCAUUAACCCAUUCUGAAGUCUAAUUAAGUAUAAACCAAUUAGAUGACACAUUUUGGGAGUCACGCCUCCCUUCUUCAGGGCUAUUGGUUAGCACAGCUGAAUAGCUACUCAAUGCAAAUAGGACAAAUAUUACAAUUCAAAAAAAUGAGGGUUGUCAUGAUCAUGAAAUUUUAGGUUGCGAUUAAUUUGUUACACAAAUGACUGCGGAUAAUAAUUUAUUUGUAUUUUUCUGCUCAUUUUUUACCACUACGGUGGUAGUGCUGCCGCAUUGCAGUAAUGCGACCAGGGUUUGCAUCCUGGGUCCUCCAUGCAUGGAGUUUGCAUGUUCUUCCCAUGUCGGUGUGGGUUUCUUCUCACAGUCCACAUACAAGCAGGUUCGGUGAAUUGGUGACGCUAAACUUGUGCCAUGUUUGGGGUUUGUUCCAGCUGGGGGUCUGUUGGAGCCUAUCCUAGUGAUCACAGGGCAUCAGGCAAGGAACAAGACAAGGAAAUAUAAAUAAAACCUCAAAACAUAUAAAUAAAAAUUGAAUUUAUGUUUCCCUUUUAGGCUUUGUUAAACAAAAAUUGUAUGGGGCUGAUAGGAUAUAAAAUUGCAUAAAUAACACUCAAUAACCAAUAAGCAAAGUACCAUAAUUGACAUAAACUAUGUACUAUGGCCAAAACAGGCCAUAUCCCUGUCAUUCAUAACAACAGCCAAUCAUGCUCCUCACUAGCUAAGUAGAUUCCAGGCUAGGACCAGUAACAUAUUUACUGCAUAUGUCUUAAGACAACAUCUCACUGGGGUCACAAAGCUGCCAGCCAUACUGCACAUUCACACAGAGGCAGUAUUUAUUGCACAAAUACACAUGAAUUUUCUUGUUAAGUUCACCAUCAAACCUUGCUUACGUUUGAAAGUAACAAGUGACGUAUUUAUUUUUUUAAAGUAAAAAUACCUCCAUUACCUCCAAACAAAAAUGAAUACUAACAGACAGACAGACAGACAGACAGACAGACAGACAGACAGAUAGAUAGAUAGAUAGAUAGAUAGAUAGAUAGAUAGAUAGAUAGAUAGAUAGAUAGAUAGAUAGAUAGAUAGAUAGAUACUUUAUUAAUCCCAAGGGGAAAUUCACAUACUCCAGCAGCACCUUACUGAUACAAAAAACAAUAUUAAAUUAAAGAUUGAUAAUAAUGCAGGUAAAAACAGACAAUAACUUUAUAUAAUAUUAACAUUUACCCCCCCGGAUGGAAUUGAAGAGUCGCAUAGUUUUGGGGGAGGAACGAUCUCCUCAGUCUGUCAGUGGAGCAGGACGGUGACAGCAGUCUGUCGCUGAAGCUGCUCCUCUGUCUGGAGAUGAUCCUGUUCAGUGGAUGCAGUAGACUUUCCAUAAUUGCCAGGAGUCUGCUCAGCGCCCGUCGCUCUGCCACAGAUGUCAGACUGUCCAGCUCCAUGCCAACAAUAGAGCCUGCCUUCCUCACCAGUUUGUCCAGGCGUGAGGCGUCCCUCUUCUUUAUGCUACCUCCCCAGCACACCACCGCGUAGAAGAGGGCGCUCACCACAACUGUCUGAUAGAACAUCUGCAGCAUCUUAUUGCAGAUGUUGAAGGAUGCCAGCCUUCUAAAGAAGUAUAACCGGCUCUGUCCUUUCUUACACAGAGCAUCAGUAUUGGCAGUCCAGUCUAAUUUAUCCUCCAUAAAUAAAUAUAUGCGUUACUGUGUUACAAUAAUAGAAGAUUAUUCCCACCACUCCAAAAAAUAGACUAUUUUAUUUCCUAGGAAUAUUGGCUUUUAUUUUGUGAAGAUGCUGCCUGCUGCUGUCAGAGUAAAGCCUAAUUUAUACUUUCUACCUGAGGCUUGUGCAAGGCCUGUGACCAGAUAUUUGUGUCGGCUUGUUCGAAAAGCCUAUUGAUAUUCUUCUAGUCAGUAGGUGACAGUGUUUCGUCAGUGUCACAUACCUACCAAUGUCACAGCAGAGUUAUUAGCUUUUGGAGGAAAAAGAAAAUGUGGUCUCAGCAGUAACUGAAAGCAGUAAAGGUAGGGUGAGUAUCGUAUUGUUGUGAGCAGGUCACCUACAUGAUGAAGAGAUGCACUACAAAUGUUUCUGCAUGUCUAUCUUGUGCUUUGAUGACCUGCUACAUCAUAUUCAGCCCUUCAGUCAUCAUUCUGACUCCCAUGUAACCAGCCUCGACCUUGAAAUACACCACUUUGGGUAACUCAUCCGCCUGUUUUUAUACAUAUGAAUGGAAGCAAUUCUAACGAUUAUGCAACAAAAUAAUCAACUUAAAUGAUCGUGAUCAGGCAAUUAUGUAAUAACUAGCUGUGUAAAAAGCCCGGGGUCCUAGAAACUAUUGAAAUCGUCAGAAAAAAAAUUGAAAUGUAGAGAUGUCAGGUAAUUGGGCAUCUCUUUCCAAGGAGGAUUUGUUUUGCCGAUGUACUCACCUCGCUUGUGCAUUAGCAACGGGAGGAAAAGUAAAAGGGAUAUCGUUUUGUCGAUGUUAGCGGCUAAGCGACUUUGUCUCUCUUCUGAGGUUUCGUUUUGCUGACGUGCUGAACUCACUUCUGUUAUUAGUGGCUAAGCGAGUUUUCUGUUUCCUCAGAGGUGGAGCCAUUACCCUGACUCCACCACUCAGUUUCGGGCUGGACAGACUCACACACACACACACACACACUUCCAGGCGUAGACGUUUUUAAAUAAGAUUGUGACUGGCCUAACCGUAACAAACUGAUAUUACCCAUAUAACAGACAACCCACAUUUCAAUAACUUGGGUGUGAUGCUACAAUGACAAAUCUAUGUAUAUAAAAUCCCUGUGUGCGUCCAGGUGUCCGUGUGUGGGGGUCUCCUGAUGAAGUGCGCAUGCGCGGGGCACGGUGCGAUGCGCGAUAUUACUAUCAGAGAAAGUUAGAGGCGUUUUACGGAAAUACAAACCAGUAUUACUGCGAGAGGAAAUUAAAGGUACACAAUACAGUGACGCAUAUUACAGCCACAUACAAGCCAGUAUUACUGUCAGAGGAGAUUAAAGGCAUAUUACUGACGCGCACGCCUGUAUUACCGCCAGAGAAAAUUAAAGGUAUAUUACGGACGUACAAGCCAGCGGAUGUACAAGACGGUAUCCUUCAAUAAGGACGCGCACAAAAAGGGGAGCCUCAAAAGGGCGACCUCAAUUGGGCGCAGCGAAUAAAGGCGAGCGUAAAUAAAGAUCUGCACCUUUGUUGCUCUUCACAUAUUCCAGAGCCAUUUGAACUAAAUUAUCUACGAACGCCUUUAUUCGCCGCGCUCAAUUGAGGUCGCCCUUUUGAAGCUCGCCUUUUUGUGCGCGCC